AUGGCUUACGCCGAGUACUAUCUUGAAAAAUAUUUUCUUUUUCCCAAUGGAGUUCCUUAUUAUUGGCUUUGGAUAAUUCUUGGUCUAUGUAUGGUCAUUGGUGGAGAAUAUUUACGUAAAUUAUCGAUGUGUACAGCUCAACAAAGUUUUUCACAUUUGAUUGAAGACAAACCGAAUAGUGAACAUCAGUUGAUUACUCACGGAAUUUAUCAAACGUAUCGUCAUCCAUCAUAUGUUGGAUGGUUUUGGUGGGCAUGUGGAACGCAAAUACUUUUAGCCAAUCCUAUAUGUUUUAUACUUUAUUUAAUCUCAACAUGGCGGUUCUUCGCUGAACGAGUUACCGUUGUUUUUCUGGCAUUCUUGGCUGCUAUUGGUUUCACAUUACUCAUCUUAGGUUGUGCGUUAUCGAACUACAAUUGGUGGCCCACAUUCGUGAUUAUCUUUUAUGUACUUUGCCCAAUUCCAUUAGUAAUCGCACGUCAAUGUACAUCUUCGAAUGGUUAUAGUACAAGUGAUACAAAUCCAUGUUCGGAUCUGAUGUGGUUUAUCACAAGUGCAAUUGUUGUCUCGGCAUUUAGUUUACCUGUAGUUCUCCAUCGAGCUGGUACAAUUGCUCUUGGUUCAAUGGGCUUCGUUAUGGGAGCAAAUGCAAUUGUAUUCAUAACAAUUGCGGUCUAUUUCUUGACAUUCGAUUCCGAUGAUAGUUUAUUAAGUAUAUAA